CCAUGACGUACCUGGGCGAGUGUCGGGCGCGGUGCGUGACGGGUGAAGACGCUUUAGGUCUCACAUUUCUGCGUGUCAGACUGUAGUAUAGAGAUUUACAUAUAGUGUCGUAUAUUAUAAAUCAGUGCUAUGGAGUGACGAAGCCAUUAGAAAAGUAUACUACGACGCCAUAGAGUGACGACGUUAUCAGACAAGUAUACUCCGACGCUACCGGCUACGGCGGCGUGGGGACAACUACUGUCAACUAGUGCCUAGAGCAAUCUUAAACUAGACAGUAAACAAUAAACACUAAAAGCUAAUCAGGAACAUGAUGGAAGAAAACGAAAUCUUCGAAUUCGAUAUUGGUGAUAAAGUCCUUGCUUACUACAGUGGAUUGCUUUACGAGGCAACAUGUAAAGACCGGCGAUUUUCGGACGAAGGAGUAAUUCAGUACUAUGUUCACUACAAGGGUUUUAAGAAAAAAUGGGAUGAAUGGUCUGAUUAUGAUGAGGUGUUGGCAAUUAAUAAAAUUAAUUUGGACCAUAAGAAAAAUAUAGAAUCUGUUCGGAAAACUUGUGGAUCAAAACGAGUAAAAAAAUCUCAAGGACCAAGGAAGACAGAUAAUGGUACUUCCGCAAAACAAGAAAAAAGAAAACGAGGCAGGCCAAAAAAAAAUGUAGAACAAUCCGCUGGGCCAGCUUCAACAAAAUUUGUAGAACUAGCUACAGCAAAAUUUGUAGAAAAAUCUUCAGCAAAAUUUACAAUUCCAGCUUCCGCACAAUUAAAAAACCUAUCCGUGAAAGUAAUAGACAUACUAAAAUAUGCAGAACCUGCCACAUCACAAUUUGCAGGGCUAGCUUUGCCGCCAUUCGUAAAACUAGCAGUAGAAAAGUCUGACACGCAAAAAUUAGCAGAACCAGCUACAGCACAAUUUGUAGAACCAGCCGUUGAAAAAUCUGCUGAUUCAGCCAUACUAAAAUUUGAAGAACCUACUACAACACAAUUUGCUGGGUUAGUUCCGGCACAAUUCGCAGAACUAGCCGUAGAAGAUUCAGACGUACAAAUAUUUGCAGAACCAGCUCCAGCACAAUUUGCAAAAAAAUCUUCAGCAAAAUUUACAGUGCCAGCUUCCGCACAAUUAAAAAACCUAUCUGUGAAAUUAAUAGACAUACUAAAAUAUGCAGAACCUGCCACAUCACAAUUUGUAAAACCAGCUGUAAAAAAAUCUGCUGAAUCAGCCAUACUAACAUUUGAAGAACCCACCACAACACAAUUUGCUGGGCUAGUUCCGGCACAAUUUGCAGAACUUGCCGUAGAAGAUUCAGACAUACAAAAAUUUGCAGAACCAGAUUCAGUACAACUCACAGAACCAGCUGUAGAAAAAUCUGCUGAAUCAGCCAUACUAACAUUUGAAGAACCCACCACAACACAAUUUGCUGGGUUAGUUCCGACACAAUUUACAGAACUAGCCGUAAAAGAUUCAGACACACAAAAAUUUGCAGAACCAGAUUCAGUACAACUCACAGAACCAGCUGUAGAAAAAUCUGCUGAAUCAGCCAUACUAACAUUUGAAGAACCCACCACAACACAAUUUGCUGGGCUAGUCCCGGCACAAUUCGCAGAGCUAGCCGUAGAAGAUUCAGACAUACAAAUAUUUGCAGAACUAGAUUCAGCACAACUCACAGAACCAGCUGUAGAAAAAUCUGCUGAAUCAGCCAUACUAACAUUUGAAGAACCCACCACAACACAAUUUGCUGGGCUAGUCCCGGCACAAUUCGCAGAGCUAGCCGUAGAAGAUUCAGACAUACAAAUAUUUGCAGAACUAGAUUCAGAACAACUCACAGAAUCAUCUACAGCACAAUUUGCAGAACCAGUCGUAGAAAAAUCUGCUGAAUCAUCUAUACUAACAUUUGAAGAACCUACCACAACACAAUUUGCAGGGCUAGUCCCGGCACAAUUCGCAGAGCUAGCCGUAGAAGAAUCAGACAUACAAAUAUUUGCAGAACUAGAUUCAGAACAACUCACAGAAUCAUCUACAGCACAACUCACAGAACCAGCUGUAGAAAAAUCUGCUGAAUCAGCCAUACUAACAUUUGAAGAACCCACCACAACACAAUUUGCUGGGCUAGUCCCGGCACAAUUCGCAGAGCUAGCCGUAGAAGAUUCAGACAUACAAAUAUUUGCAGAACUAGAUUCAGAACAACUCACAGAAUCAUCUACAGCACAAUUUGCAGAACCAGUCGUAGAAAAAUCUGCUGAAUCAUCUAUACUAACAUUUGAAGAACCUACCACAACACAAUUUGCAGGGCUAGUCCCGGCACAAUUCGCAGAGCUAGCCGUAGAAGAAUCAGACGUACAAAUAUUUGCAGAACCAGAUUCAGCACAAUUCGCAGAAUUAGCAACAGCACAAUUUUCAAAACAAGCUGUAGAAAAAUCUCCUGAAUCAGCCAUACUAACAUUAAAAGAAUCUGCCACAACACAAUCCUCAGAACUGGCUGUAAAAGAAUCAGACAAACAAAUAUUUGCAGAACCAGAUUCAACACAAUUUACAGAAGCAGCCGUAGAAAAAUCCACUGAAUCAGCCAUACAAAUAUUUGGAGGGCCAUCUACAUCACAAUUUGCAGGACCAUCUACAUCACAAGUUUCAGGGCUAGCUUCGGCACAAUUCGCAGAACUAGUAGUAGAAGAAUCUGACAUACAAAAAUUUGCAGAACCAGAUUCCGCACUAUUCGCAGAACCAGCUGUAAAAAAAUCUGUUGAAUCAGCCUUACAAAUAUUUGGAGGGCCAUCUACUUCACAAUUUGCAGGACCAUCUACAUCACAAUUUGCAGGACCAUCUACAUCACAAUUUUCAGGGCUAGCUUCGGCACAAUUCGCAGAACUAGUAGUAGAAGAAUCUGACAUACAAAAAUUUGCAGAACCAGCUGUAAAAAAAUCUGUUGAAUCAGCCUUACAAAUAUUUGGAGGGCCAUCUACUUCACAAUUUGCAGGACCAUCUACAUCACACUUUUCAGGGCUAGCUGCGGAACAAUUCGCAGAACUAGUAGUAGAAGAAUCUGACAUACAAAAAUUUGCAGAACCAGCUGUAAAAAAAUCUGUUGAAUCAGCCUUACAAAUAUUUGGAGGGCCAUCUACUUCACAAUUUGCAGGACCAUCUACAUCACAAUUUUCAGGGCUAGCUUCGGCACAAUUCACAGAACUAGUAGUAGAAGAAUCUGACAUACAAAAAUUUGCAGAACCAGAUUCCGCAUUAUUCGCAGAACCAGAUGUAAAAAAAUCUGUUGAAUCAGCCUUACAAACAUUUGCAGAACCUGCCAUUACACAAUUUGCAGAACUAGCUGUAGAAGAAUCAGACAUACUAGAAUUUGCAGAAAAAUAUUUUGCACCAUUCACAGAACCAGCUACAGCACAAUUUACAGGACCAGCUGUAGACAAUUCUGCUGAAUCAGCCAUACAAACAUUUGCAGAUCCCGCCACAACACAAUUUGCAGGGCCAGCUUCGGCACAAUUCGCCGAACUAGCCGUAGAAGAAUCAGACUUACUAAAAUUUGAAGAACCAUAUUUGGAACUAUUCACAGAUACAGCUACAUCACAAUUUUCAGAACUAGCUAUAGAAAAAUCAGCUGAAUCAGCCAUACAAACAUUUGUAGAACCCGCCACAACACCAUUUGCAGAGCCUACUUCUUCACAAUUCUCAGAACUAGAUGUAGAAGAAUCAGACAUACAAAUAUUUGCAGAACCCCCUACAACACAAACUGUAGGCCCGGCUACAGAUCAAUCUGUAGAAGCAGCUGUAGAAAUAUCCACUGAAUCAGCCAUACAAACAUUUGUAGGGCCAUCUACAUCACUAUGUGCAGUAUCUGCUGUAGAAAAUUCUGCCAAAUCAGCCAUAUAUACAUUUUCAGAACCAGAUGUAAGAUCAAAACGAGUUAAAAAAUCUCAAAAACCAUGGACAACAGAAGAUGCUUCUUUCUCAAACCCGGCAAAAAAAAUCCAAGGCAGGCCAAAAAAAAAUGUAGAACAAGCUGCAGGGCCAUCUACAUCACAAUUUGCAGAACCUGCCGUAGAAAAAUCUGCCAAAUCGGCCAUACUUACAUUUUCAGAACCAGCUGUAAGAUCAAAACGAGUUAAAAAAUCUCAAGAACCAUGGACAACAGAAGAUGCUUCUUCCUCAACACCGGCAAAAAAAAAACGAGGCAAGCCAAAAAAUAAUGUAAAACAAGCUGCAGGGCCAUCUACAUCACAAUACGUAGAACUUGCCAUAGAAAAAUCUGCCGAAUCAGCUAUACAAACAUUUUCAGAACUAGCUACAGCACAAUUUGCAGGACCAGCUUCAGCACAAUUCGCAGAACCAGCUACACCACAAUUUGUAGAACCAGCCGUAGAAAUAUCUGCUGAAUCAGCCAUACAGCCAUUUCUAGAACUAGCUGAAGGAGAAUCUGCAAUCUCAGUUGUAGAACAAUCUAUCCAAACUGAAGAAAGUGAAGCAGCUGUUCGGGCUGUUGAAAAUGUCGUAAUAGACAUUAUUCCACGUUCGAGGCAACAGGCCAUUGAAUUGAUGAAGGAACUCAAACUACCAUUAGUUUUCAAAAGAACAAUAGAUUACGACCGUAUAAUGCACGCCAGAUUCCAAAAAGUAUUAAAGUUUCCAGAGGUAAACUCUUUCGCACAAACAAUCUAUACCUUCACUCAAUCAUCUUAUUUUAUAGAUGAUGUCCAAAAAAAAAGUUCAACGAUGUUCUGUCUUACUUUAAUGAGAUAUUUUAAUAUUUGUGUUCACAAACGUCUAAUAUACCAAGUCGAGAAAAGAUUCUACUUAUGGAAGAGGGGCUUGGUAUAUUUUCAGAAUAAAAUCAAAAGUGACUCAAAAAUUAACCAUAAGUUUAAAAAUCAACUAAAUCCCAAAUCUAUUUGGUGUUAUUUGUAUGGUCCCAUGUAUCUACUAAGAUUUAUUGAUGCUUUACCAAAAAUUUUGUUAUCAAAUUCGUGGUUUCCUGACUACGAUUUAGAAACCUUUGUUCAUCAAAUUAAAGAAUUGAUAAGGUUUUUGGCUGAUAAUUUUGAUACUUAUUUCUCUGACACUGAUUACAUUGACACUGAAAAUUUACGAGACCAAAUAUUAUUUAAUUUUUAAGAAAAUUCAAUUACAUUAUAAACUAUUAAAUUAGUUUAGUUUCAUAACUUUUUAUUAAGACAUUAAGAUACACAAUAUUAUGUAGAUAUAUUUAAUUCCUUGUUUAUAUUAUGUAAAAUAUUAACAGGCACUUAUUGAUUAUUCAUUAGCAUUCGUAGCUAUUAAUUAUUACAAAAGAUUUUCAUUUAGUUUUUUAUUAACUUUUAUUUUUAUUGUUAUGUUAUUAUUUAUAAAUUAUAAUUAAGUAAAUUAUGGCAUGGCUAACAUAAUAGUAUAUUUAUCCAUGCGUUUAAGUACAUUUUUUCUGCAGCGUCAAAAAGUGGAACAGCACAACGUUUCUAUAUAUUACGUUUUUAAGCCUUUAUCUGUUGACCGUGGUCCUAUAAUACUUCCCUCCCACACUACACUCAAAUAUAAUUAUUCUACUGGCAUUGUGGUGGUAAAAUAUUUGUUUUUGUACUGGAUAACUACUAAUUAUGACGAUUAUUUUAAGACUGAUAAUCUUAAGAUAAUGUGAUAAAAAUUAAAAUAUAGAAUUCAUAAAUAUAAUGAUAAUUUUAAUACA